GGGAGGAGGAACGGGGGAAAGAGCAGGGGAAGCAGGGGGAGAAUGAGAAGCAGCAGGAGGGAGAGCGGGAGAAGGAGAAGGAGGAAGAGAGGGAGGAGCAGCAGGAGAACGAGCGGGAGCGGGGCUAUGGGGGGAUCUUUGUCACGUUGUUUGGCGGAGGAGGAGCGGGAAGGGGAGGAGGAGGAGGAGGAGGAGGAGUGGGAGGAGCGGGAGGAGCGGGAGGAGGCGUGGGAGAAGGAGCGGGGAAGGAGCGGGAGCGGGAGCGGGGCUAUGGCGCGGGAAGAGGAGCAGGAGGAGGGGGAUGAGCAGGGGGAAAAGCAGGAGAAGCAGUGGAAGGAGGACGAGCAGCGAGAGGAGCGGGAGGAGCAGCAAGAGAGGGAGCGGGAAAAGGAGAGGGAGGAGGAGAGGGAGGAGGAGAGGGAGGAGGAGCGGGAGAAGGAGCGGGAGCGGGGCUAUGGUGAGAUCUUUGUCACGUUGUUUGGCGGAGGAGGAGCGGGAGGAGGAGGGGGAGUGGGAGGAGCGGGAGGCGGAGUGGGAGAAGGAGGGGGAGAAGGAGGGGGAGGGGAUUCGGGAUGGGGAGUGGGAAAAGGACGAGUGGGAGGAGGAGCGGGAGCAAGUGCGGGAGAAGGAGAGGGAGGGGAAAUGGGAAGGGGCGGAGGAGCCGCGGGAGGAGGAGCUGGAGAAGGAGGAGCGGCAGGGGAAACGGGGAGGGGGUUAGGAGCGGGAGAAGGAGCUCGAGGAGAAAUGGGAAGGGGCGGAGGAGGCGCGGGAGGAGGGGUGGUAGAAGGAGCGGGAGGAGGAGCAAGAGGGGAAACGGGGAAGGGGUUAACGAACCCACGGGGGGCGGAGGAGGGGGAGGAGAUAUAGGUGGAGGAGGAGAAGCGGGAGGAGUAUGAGGACGAGCACGAGGAGC